AUGAGUACAUUUAUUGAUACAAUCCAUAUAUCACAAAAAAAAUCAAUCAUCAUCCCUGAUGGUCCUCAAUUAACUUAUAAAGAAUUGGGUGAUAUUACAGGUCAUUUACAAUCAUUAUUCUUUAAUGCAAAUUCUCCAUUAUAUGAAUUAUCCAAACCACAAACUUCAAUUGCAAUUUCAUUAGUUAAUAAUUUGGAAUUAGUUUCAUCAUUCUUAGCUAUUACAAAUGCUUCACGUAUUGCUGCUCCAUUAAAUCCAAAUUAUAAAAAGGAUGAAUUUGAUUUUUAUUUGAAUGAUUUAAAUGCAAAAGCUGUAAUCUUACCAAAAGGUGCUCAUAAAGAUACUCAAAGUGCAAUUUAUCAAAGUUCAAAAGAUCAUGAUGUCUUAUUAAUCGAAGUUUGGUGGGAAAAUUCAAGAAGACGUGUUGAAUAUGAAGUUUUCAAUCAUAAUUCAUCAACCCCUUUGUAUUCAUCACUUAAUUCACCAAUUUAUUAUAAUAAUCAACCUUUAUUCCCAGGAACUGCUAAACCUGAUGAUGUUGCUUUAAUUUUACAUACUUCAGGUACAACAGGUCGUCCAAAAACCGUACCAUUAACUCAAGCAAAUUUAUCAAGAUCAAUGCAUAAUAUUGCUCAAACUUAUAAAUUAACUUCAGAUGAUAAAUCAUAUAUCGUUAUGCCUUUAUUUCAUGUUCAUGGAUUAAUCGGUGCAUUGUUAUCAACAUUACAUACCCAAGGUACAGUUAUUAUCCCACCAAAAUUCAGUGCCGGUAAAUUUUGGAAUGAUUUUAUUAAAUAUGGUGCAACUUGGUAUUCAGCAGUUCCAACAAUUCAUUUAAUCUUAUUAAACACUGCCAAACCAUCACCAUUACCAAAAAUUAGAUUUAUUAGAUCAUGUUCUUCAGCAUUAGCACCAACUACUUUCCAUAAAUUAGAAAAAGAAUUAAAUGCACCAGUUUUAGAAGCUUAUGCAAUGACUGAAGCUUCUCAUCAAAUGACUUCAAAUAAUUUACCACCUGGUAAAAGAAAACCUGGUACUGUAGGACAAGGUCAAGGUGUUGAAAUUGUUAUUUUGAAUGAUCAAGGUGAUGUUUUACCACAAGGACAAAUUGGUGAAGUUAGUAUUAAAGGUACAAAUGUUACUAAAGGUUAUGCAAAUAAUGAUAAAGCAAAUGCUGAAAGUUUUACUAAAGGAUAUUUUAGAACUGGUGAUCAAGGUUAUCUUGAUGAUGAAAAAUUCCUUGUCUUGACAGGUCGUAUUAAAGAAUUGAUUAAUAGAGGUGGUGAAAAAAUUAGUCCAAUUGAAUUAGAUGGUGUUUUAUUAAGUCAUCCUAAAGUUGAUGAAGCUGUUGCAUUUGGUGUUCCUGAUGAAAAAUAUGGACAAGUUGUUAAUGCAGCUAUUGUUUUAAAGAAAGGUGAACAAUUAUCAGUUGAUGAAUUGAAACAAUUCCUUGGUGAGAAGAUUGCAAGUUUUAAAAUUCCAAGUAAAUUUUAUUUUGCUGAUUCUUUAGUAAAGACUGCAACUGGUAAGAUUCAAAGACGUAAAAUUGCUGAAGUUUUUGCAUCAAAAUCAAAAUUAUAA